GGAUAACUUGGGGUAUUUCCUCAUUCUCCAAAGAGAAACAGCUAUUUGUUUAAUAGAGGCUGUUGCCCAAAAAACGUCGCUGUGCUUCCCUCAGAUCGCCACGCUCCAGGAGAGAGGAGCUGGAAAGCCAGAAGCUGGCUGUGGGGAGCUCUGGAGCCUGGAGGCCAUCUUAGGCCCGUGUAGAAGCAGAGAGCUACCAUGUGCACAGGGAAGUGUUCAAAGUGCAUUGGGAUCACCCUGUUCCCACUGGCAGCAUGUGCCAUAGUCUCCAACAUCCUCCUGUACUUCCCCAACGGACGAGUUCUGCAGCUCAGCGAGAUAACCGAUCUGGUCUGGUUUUUCCACGGCAUUCUAGGAGCUGGGAUACUGGUUAUUUUGCCAGCAUUCAUGAUGCUGGGAGCAGGCGGAGCAGGAUGUUGCGCUAACAGAUGUGGGAUGCUGCUGUCAGUGGUCCUGUCCAUGAUGGGAUUCGCGGGAGGAGCGUAUUGUGCGGUCAUCUCCUCGCUGGGGCUGAUUGGGGGCCCUCUGUGCAACACAGGUGAUGGAGAAUACCUCUACCCUUUCAGGAAUGACACUCUGGAAGACAAUUAUUUGUUCAACAAGACAACAUGGAGCAUUUGCAAAGAACCUGAAAACAUUGUCCUUUGGAAUAUUAUCCUUUUCUCUAUUCUCCUGGCCAUCGGUGUGAUUGAAGCUGCUCUUUGUUUCAUUCAAGUUGUCAACGGACUUACUGGCUUCAUAUGUGGCACAUGUAUGAGGAAAAGAAAGACAAAUAUUUCUGGAAUGUGAAUGACCUACAGAGAAUGCCAGGACAAGCCCCGAGCUGCCGAUUCACAUACAAUAAGGAUAGCGCGUUGUGCUGUAUUUACGGGGGGACGACAAAGAAAACCCAAAAUGUUCAGGAGUUUCAUGGGGCAAAAUGAAUUUUUGAUAAAGAAGUCAGGGUGGAAAAGGGCUAGAUCAUUUAGACUGAGACUCCAAAUUUUCGUCUCUCUGAAUAUACCUGCUAAAUCGCAGGUACUGGCAAAAACACUGAUCUGCCUGGUCCUGACUGCCAAACUGCUGCAUAAAACACAACAGUCCCCAGAUAAAAGCUCGCCACUUGCCCUCUUGUGCAUAUGGGAAACUGAACCAUUGUUAAUUUAUACAUUUAUCAGCUGCACGAAGCAGGCGCUUUCUGGCUGGAUGUAAAUAACCUCCCGUCCCCAACAAAUGCCGCUGUGAGCUCACCUGUCUGUUCCUAUUAACCUGCUAACCAGGCGCUUCCGGAUUUAAAUGAGGUUGUGCAGAGAAUACAUCGAGUGGCAUUCGCAGCACCACGGAGGCAACUGAAACAUACAGUUUUCAGCCUCCUUCAGCCACCCUGGAGCCAAAUCCCCUUGUGCCCAUUCGGUGCUUGCUGUCUUGUUUGACAAAGUCCAGUGCACUUCUAAAUAAGUUCUUCGGGAGCAUUUGAGAGAUGUGGUAGCCCUGGAGGGGCAUUUGGGUCAAUAUGGACAGUAGGGUUUGGAGCAAGAGUUUGGAAUUGUCCAGUUUAACAAAACGGUGGAGAACCUCACCACGAAUUUUGCCCUCACGAGACUGCAUGGGAAUUUCACUAAUUUCCACACAAGUCUGUAGGGCUGUUCUUGAAUAGAUCACAUGGGCAAAGUAAUUAACUGGUAAAGAUAAACAUUAAAUUGGUAAAGGUAGUAAUUAUGCGCAGUUUAGUAACAAAUAAGAGAUAUAAUCUGAAAGGCAACAAAUUGCAUCAGUCCUCAUGUUACGGCAACCGUAAUCCCAACCGGGAACUGCGUAAUUCCCCAUCCUCGCUCAAGAUCAAGCCCUUGAUGCUAAAGUCCAUGACUGGCGAAUUUCAGAAACCCCAUCAUUUCAGUGACUCCCUCAAAGGUUAAUUCUUGGACAUACCACUGACUUCCCUGAGUCAGCCAAACUGUAAGAUGAUCUUUAUCCAUCCUGAAAGGGUGUUUGCAGUUAUGAAAAGCUGAAUAUAUCUAAAGCACUUGGAGUCUAUUUUUCAAAGAGAGACGUUUGUGUUUUCUCAGUCAGAAGUUGUUCAUAUUUCUGCAUUGUAGCACGAGGGCAAGAUAUAUGAACACAGUUAUUGCAGACACAUAUGGCUGUUUGUGCUGUUCUCUAAUGCAGCACACAAACCUCUUUAUACAAAAUGGGGAAGAAAAUGUCAGUUGUGCCAAGAAGGAGAGCACGUGUACACUUCCUUGGAGAGCAGCUUCACCCUUAGAAGCAGGAAAUUUGCCCCAUAAAACUUAAAAGUACCUUCCGUAAAAAAAACAUAAGGCACGUUGAAGUUUGCAAUCAGGACCAGGUGCAUCCAAACCUGCCAGUUGGCUUAGAAACUCGUGUUCAUUGUCAGCGAUAAAGGCUGGACAGUGCUACCAUAUAAAACAGACAUCAAAGUAAAGCCAACAGAUUCAAAAAGGGUCAAGGAGGCAGCUAGAAGUAAGGAUAUUUGGCAUGUAGUCAGGAGGAGAGAGACUCCAUCAGCAGAGGGGCUCUAUGAGCUCUUCAUGGUCCCUAAAUUAUCAGUCCUGCCCUCAUCCUGUAGUUUGCUCUCCCUGACUCUCGCAUCUGUGAUAAAGGCAGUUUGGGCUGUGCCACCACCGGGCGAGGGAGAGGUCCCCACUGGCACACACCACCUCCAGCACGGGAAAGUAAAUAAAUGCACGUUACUGCUGCCAUCUGCUUGUUCCAAACUGUCCUGCCCUGGGGAAGUUUAGUGUCUGUGUGCUUACGGGGACACCCUCUGAUCUGCCAACUGUGCAAUCACUGGCCUCACUGAUAUAUGUAAAUAUUAAAUAUUGUUA